AUGCGUUCUUCCACACUUCUUAUUGUUCCUUUUUACUUCCUAGCCGGCCUGGUUGCCGCCUCGGCCGACAAGGCCCACGACAUAGAGCUCGACUUCGAGGGGCCUCCGUCGGGAUGGGUUUGUUGCGACGCCGGCGCAGAGGACGCUGACGGAGCUUGCAAGGCCAAGGGUCUAAACGCCUUUUGUUGCGGUCCUUUCAAGGCAGACAAGAAGCGGCCCGGCAAGGGCAACAGUGGAUGCGACCCGUUUUUCGCAACUGUCCCCACGGGACGUGAUGUUAAAUUCCUCAACGGGUUUUGCACCGCCGGUGGUGAUUUGCCUGGACAUGUUGGAUGUGCUUAA